UUAAUUAUUUUAUAUUUUAAUUGUGAAAACUUAGUAUUAGUAUUAAUAAUAAUACGAUGGCAUCAAAUAGGGCCGAAAAAGCGGGUUUCGCUGCCGAAGCACACUCUAAGAUAAACUCCAAAUAUGAUCCACAAUUGUCUCAUGAGAUACUCGAGUGGAUCAAAGAUCUUCUCAAUGAAGAUAUCGAUACCAACGGCGAAAAAGAUGCCUUUUAUGAGACACUUAAAGAUGGGACAGUACUUUGUCGAUUGAUUAAUGCCAUCAAACCGGAUAGCAUUAAGAAAGUGAACGCAUCGAAGAUGGCAUUCAAAUGUAUGGAAAACAUACAGUUUUUCUUAGACGGCGCCCAAAAGAUAGGCGUUCCCGCCGAAGAACAAUUCCAGACUAUAGACCUCUGGGAACAGCAAAACUUGACUUCCGUUCAGAUUUGUUUGCAAUCGUUAGGCCGAAAAGUGUCUAAAUUUGGUGUCCGCGGUAUCGGUCCCAAAGAAUCGGCGGCCAAUGUCAGAAACUUUAGCGAUGAACAACUCAAAGCCGGACAGGGAGUCAUUGGCCUACAGUACGGAUCCAAUAAGGGAGCCAAUCAAAGUGGUAUCAACUUUGGAAAUACUCGGCACAUGUAAACAGCAUAAUACAUACCCUUCUCAUUGAUCCACACAAAAAUUAAUCAAAAUAUAAACCAUUUAAACGCCUUCUAAUAAAAAAAUCAAAAUUAUUUCAAGUUUCAUGACAUGAAAAAAAUUGUAAUUAAAUAUAUUCUGAACAAGUUUUUUAAAAAUUUAAUUAUUAAUCCAUGAAUUCAAUUUUUUAUACAACAAUUUAUGUAUAAAAAAUUAAUAUUACAAAUUGUACGGUAUUUUACAGAUUAUUUU